AUGGCCUCUAACGUAGUAGUACUCCUGAACGGGGGAAAAAGACAACCAAUAAAGACUACUCCUAUGAUGCCUUUAAAAGAGAUCAUCAAACUUGUAUGUAAUAAGCAAGGUUAUACUGAUGUAGAAAAUUAUGGAUUGAAACAGAAUAAGACUAUUCUGGAUCUUUCUCUUUCUGUUCGAUUUGCCAAUCUUGCUCCGGGGGCAAAACUCGAAUUGAUUCGAAUAACACCAAAAGCUCAUAGUGAAGUUACAAUUGCUCUACAGAUGGAUGAUGGAGGAAGGGUGGUUGAAAAAUUUUUGUCGACAACAACUUUGUGGGAGAUAUUAUUACACUUUGAAAAUACUUCCCAGGACAGAUCAUUGAACCUUACAAAACGAACGGCCCCAGUACCGGUAUCACAAUCUAAGAAAGGGGUAUGGAAAAAAUUUGCCGGAAAACAAAACAAGCUUUUUUAUCAACAACCUGUGUGCAUUUUAUUAAAUAAAGAGUAUGGGACUAUUUCUUUACUUAAAUCGACAUCCUUACAAUCUGCUGGAAUUACUUCCGGCAAUAUACUUUUACGUGUUUUAUUUCGACAUACGGAAUUAAGUCUCGAUGAUGUCUUGGAGGAAAUAAAUACUCCAAUACAAUCAUCAGCCGUAAUUAAUGAAAACAAUUCAGAAAAGUCAGUUCAAUCGACAAUACCACCAGUAAUAUCAACUCCAAAAGUUGAACAAAUUGAAGAAACAAAUAUGCAGGUUGAUUCACAGGAAUCAAUCGAAGAAACAAAUAUGACGAAUUCAGUUGAAUUAACUGAAGAAACGAGUAUACCGGUCAAUUCAAUUGAAUCAGCAAAAGAAAUAAAUAUGCAGACCAAUUCAGUAGAAACUGGGGAAUCCUUGACACCUGGUGAAUCAAAGUUGGAAAUACAAUCACAGGAGACGGGCGAAAUGGAAAUAGAUACUAAAUCUUCUGAUGUUCAUGACUCUACAGUCAAAAGUCCGGAAGAUCAAGAGCCUGUUGAAAAAGUUAAUAUAACGCAAUAUGAACAAACUUCUGAUGCACAAACUAGCUCAGUCACAAAUGUUGUUGGGCACUUUGAUAGAGAUGUUAAAGUAUUCAACCCCCCACCAGAAAAUGCUACAUUGUCAACUCAAAUUGACCUUCCAGAUUCUUUUUAUGAAUUGACUGCUCCGGAAUUGCAAUUCUUAUUGGUAAUGCAAGAUUCGAAACGAAAAGCCGAGGCGAAUGCUGGAUUUAAAACACGUGCUGCAAGAGAACAAGAGGAGAAGGCAAGGGAACGUAAAUAUCCAAAAACAAUGAUUCGAGUGAGAUUUCCAGAUGGUUUUCAAUUACAAAUGACCUUCCUAUCCAAAGAAACAGUUGGAGAAUUAUAUGAAUUUGUUAAAGAAGCUUUGCGAACUCCGCAGCGCUCUUUUUAUCUAUAUACAAGUCCUCCAAAAAAAGUACUUACAGAAAUGUCUCUAUCUUUGUAUUAUGCUGAAUUGUCACCCGCCUCAGUUGUAAAUUUCAGUUGGACAGAUAAAUUAUCAGAUUCUGAACACUUUUUAUCAGAUGAAUAUCUUAAACUUAGAACAGACAUGCCACAUCAGCUUGUUGACAAUCUCACCCCAAAUAUUGUCCCUUCCUCUAUCAAUAAUGAAGGUGGCCAUGUUCUGUCUGAACCUUCGCGCCAGAAAAAUAUCGGAGAAUCGGCUCAAGGACAACAUUCGCGCGCUCACUCUACAAAUCAAACUUCAAAUAAAGUACCGAAAUGGUUAAAAUUUGGAAAUAAGAAAUAA